AUUUUAAUCAUUUUUUUGGUAUGUAUUAUUCUAGAGUUUCUUUAUGCAAAUACAAGUUUCCUUUCCAACACAAAAAAGUCAUCUACAAUUUAUAUACUUUUGCACCUUGCUUUUUGCACGAACAAUAUUUCUCAGCGAUAUUUCCAAAUAACUAAAGAUCUUUUUAUUACUUCUAUAGUCCUAUUACUCCUAUAUAGUAUUCCAUUAUAUGGUCAACCAUAACUCUCUAGCCAGUCACCUGUUAAUGGACAUUUGAGUUUCCCAUUAGGUUUGUCGUCUCACACAAGGCUGCACUGACAAACUUGUGUAUAUUUUAUUUUAUACAUGUAAUUGCUGGGUCAAAGGGUAAACACACUUGUAACUUUUGGUAUAUAUUGCCUAAUUACUUUCUACAGGAUUGUGCCAAUAUACAUUCCCAGCAGCAACACUCUUGACCCCACUUUUGGGCAGGAACCCAAGAUGAUUGCUUAUUAGGUCAACAGGCUGAACAUCUGCUCUAUACUAGAUCCCAUGAUAAACAGCCCCAGUGCAAAGAACAAGAUGCUAUUGGCACCUGCUUUUGAGCAGAGGGAGAGACAGACAUAUUUAUUGGACAAGCAAGUCAAUACGUGACAAAGCACUAUAGCAUGAUACAGGAAGUGCUGUGAGAAUGUGGGCCAAGGGAUAAUUUAUUCUGCAAGGAAAUCUUCAGAGGAAGCAAUAGUUAAGCUGGGCCCUGAAAGAUAAGCAAGUUGUCUAGGGGGAGAGAGGUAUUUGAGACAGCGGGGAGCAUGUCUAGAAGCUGAUUCCAAGAACCAUAGAUAGAGUUCAUGGAUGGAGCAUGAGGAACUAAGAUUGGAGCUAAGCUUGGAGAGGCAAGCCAACACCAGGGAGAGACUUCAGCUGAUGAGCCUUCAUCCUGAAAGAACUGAGCAGUCUUUAUGGGCACAUAAGUGGCAGUGACGUGGUCAGAUCAUCUCCCAGCCACACUCUCUGCCCACUCUAUUCCUCUAGACUCCAACGCGCCAGGAGCAUGGUAGUGUGCAUCCAUUUCACCCCAAGGGGUCAUUUGUUGCCUAAACUCAGACCUCACAAUAGCUCCGCGUAGGCCAGUUAUGAUGCAAGAAGUUUGUGACUGUCCCUUGGGUUCCCAUUAAAACUGUCUUACAAAGAAACUCCAGGCACUGACACCUCCCAUCUUAGCCUAUUGCCAGAGUAUGAUCAGAGAAUGGGAGAAUGGCUGUCAGAAGACUGGAAAACAGAGGGCUAGAGAUUCAAGGGCCCAAGAAAGGAUGACUACAGAGGGGAAGUCAAAUAAGCAUGGAACACCAGUCCAGGUAUUCAAUAUAAGCGAUUCCUUUCAGGAUAAAGACUCCCUGUGCUGCCAGGGGGAUCCAUGUUCUGCUUCACCGUUGGGGAUAUGGACCAAAUUCUGCAAAUCAGACCCACGCGUUGCCCUCGGAAAAUACUCCCCCUUGGAAAAAGAGAUCCUACGUCUAGGUGGUGUUCACACCAUAGCAUCCAGGAGGUUUCUGACUUAUAAGCAAGAAGAAGAACGGAAAAUGCUCAAGGAACUACAGGUGCUGUCUUCAGACUAUAAAAGGGCGGUGGAAUAUAGGAAGCAACUCACCCCUCCUUGUGCCACCUGUGGACCCCUAGAAAAAAUAUGGACGGCGAAGGUGAUGGUGCCCCCAGAGGAGUUCAAAAUGCCGCAGCGGGAGAGGCUGAACGUCAGCAAGCACAUAGAACGAAUGCAGCUCGCUCGAGCCCUGAGGAAUAAGCAGCCUUUACCCUACAUUGAAAGAUUUAGGAGCUCUUUGCUUCUGUCUGGAGGGGGCCUGGGCCUCCCGGGAAGGGACAAAACUGGGGAAGGCAAGGAUGACCGAGACGCCGAUCCCUGCGACUAUGCCCAUCAAGAGAAGAGAGAUGAGGCAGAGAGCAAAACCACGAAAAGACAGGAAAUAAAAAUGAACGUAAUUUUCAAGUCAGAAGAACCAAAAAAAUGUGUGACGUACCAUCCAAAUGAUCUCAAACCAUUCCUCCCUCCAAAAAAAGCAGAAAGAUCCAUUGCUGGCUUAACGAACAGAAAUCUUUUGCACCUGGCCGAAUUCCCUGGAGACCUAAUGCUGCUGAGUCAGGAUUUUAUAUCACGGGGAAUCCACCCCAGUGACGUGUCAAAGGCCAGCUGUCUGGAAGAAGGCAGCGCCUGGAAAGAGUACAUGCACACAGCUGCUUCCCACCAUUAUUAAAGGUUUAUUUAUUCCCCAUGGAAA